GGAAAAGCGCAGGUGACUCUCCUCGACUGUCACGAACUCCAGGUAGUGAGCCACGAGCCGCCGUAGAGAGUGGGUGUAUCGCGCAUGCGGUGUCUUCGUCAGGCCCCUCCCCCUACCCCCCCAGUCCCUCCCCCAGCCACCCCGACCACGUGCGUACGACUUGUAAAUAGAAAACGAAAAAAGAGAAUAACAGCGCGUAUGGAAGGCUAUGAUGAAAGCUUUCGGAAUCGUCUGUGCGAAAGAAAAACUCUGGAACAGGAAGGCUCCACACUGCGGCUCCAGGAGAGGCUCAAUCACGUUAUGAGAAAACCACAUGACGGUCCAUGAGACUCUAUGACACCUACCGGAAGCUACAUGACGUCACGAUAACGGAACGAAGAAGAAGAAGACGAAAAAAAAGACGAAAGGAUGACCAGUGUCAUUUUUGUCCUACACCUUACUUUGGUGUUCUUUCUGUCAGUCAAAGGAUGUACGGCUAAUGGAGUUUGGGACGACAAAGGGCGUCCUGCACUUCAGGGAUUCGACGUGUACAUCCGGGAGGACCCAGGCGACCUCGGGGGACCUCAUGGAACCCAGGACCCACGUCAUGGCGACCGCGGGUUCGACGGAACAAGCACAAUCCACGACCUCGCCUCGGGCAUCGUCAGGCGGUUCUUCACUGAUGCCGGGUCGUUACGCCAAGCCAGAGACAUCAGUUUAUUAAGUGAACGUCUGGCAGACAUCCUCCUGCUCUUGGCGAGUGAUCUGAGACUAAGCAGAAGCAAGAGACACGGCCAGACGAAGGAAGACAGAGGGUCGAGUUUCGAAGCGAGGAACAGGUCCUUCUCCGCUCAAUCUGUCGCCGAGCCCAGGUUUGCCUUCUUCCCUUCCCUCGACGCCUGGCUGGACGAGCUCCAGUCCACCUUCAAGCGGGACAUGAUUUUCAACGUGGCCAAAGUCGGGGGAAUCGCCUUCCUCUACUAUUUCGCGCCCGGGGUCCUCACGUGGAUCGAGUCAACGUUCGGGUUCUGAGGCCUCAUGGCGGUUCUGAGGCCUCAUGGCGGUUCUGAGGCUUCGUGGCGGUUCACAGGGUCGAAGCAGCGGCACACACGACGCUGUUUAAAACGAACAACGAGCUUGUGUCUUACAUCUUGGUACAUAAUUCAGAAAUGUCGUGUAGCCUGAGACAUACCUAAGUUUCUGUUAACCGUGACUUCAGCCAGAUGGUCCGUGAACAAACCCUGAACAUCGUAAAGCGUCAGUCGUCCGUGCAGUGACAGUGGUCCGUGGUGCGUCAGAGGCCGUUCUCUGGUGGCUAUAACACGGUGACUCAUUUGAACAGUGGAAAAGCUGUUAUAAUAUGGACGAUAGUGUUUGAUUGGUGCCUACAGAAUACCAUGAAGACUACCAAUAAAGAAAUAAAAGAGGUAGUUAACACAGUGCCGUCUUUUAAAUGGAAACCAGAAAUUAUUGUGUGACAGUAGUGUUUAGCCAGCAGUGAUAGAAAAACAAAUUUUGUCAGUGUUUCCGAAUAAAGAAGUGUAAAUGAAAACGGAAAAGUGAUAUUAAGGUGUCGCUGUUUUUUCCCUUAAUUAUGAAAUGCCGCUUAAUGACAAAUACUGA